UGUGUCUUCAGCAGCCUAUCAGCCCAUACCUAUUAGGCCCACAUCAUCCAAGACACCAGUACACUCAGCCAUCCCUCCGGUCGGCCAACCUACUGAUCAACCGGAGAAGCCAAGAAGGAAGUCAGCCUUCAUUCCCACCCCUGAUGGCAAUGGUGGUCUUCCAAGUCUCAGAGGUGGUGGAGAAGGUGGCAACACAGGCCUUCCAGGCAAGCCCUUUCGUGCCAAGCCGGAUGCCACGGCCUACCCUACCCUCAAAUCCAACAAGGACUUCGACCAGUGGUAUGAGUCCUUUAUCACUAUGGCUAGAGGUCAAGGGUUUUAUAAGAUCUUUGAUGCCGACUACGUCCCAAGCAGCACCGAGUCCAUGGAUGAACUCAUACGAAUGAAUCAUUGGUUCUACGCUGUUUUCCAGAAGACAGUGCAGACCACCAAUGGAAAGGUAAUCGUGAGGUCCCACUUCCAUGACUCUGACUGCUUUGCCAUUCUCGUUGAGCUUGUCCAGGACGCUCACUUGUCAGUAGCAGGUUCUCUGGAUCAUGUGGAGACACUCACAUGGCUGACUAGUGUGCAAUACAGCCCAGAGGAGCAAGGUUCCGCAGUGGACUUCAUUGUCAAGUUUGACACAGUUGUUACCCGAUACAAUGAUGGCCAAGGAGACUCCAGUGAUAGGCUCACCGAUGGUAUACAGAAGCUGUUCUUACGGCGGGCCUUCACCGGUGUCCCACCUUGA